AUGUCUACUGGAGAUGAAGGUCACAUGGCCGAGAGAGGCACUAAAAAGAGGAGAGUCGGCACAAGUGGUGGAAAGGGGAAGAAGAAGAAGUUGAAGACACAGCCUGCUUCCUCUGACCGGAGCAAGGUUAGCAUGAAGAGCAAAAAGCUGUUUCAGAAGAGAGCGCGAGACUACAAUUCCGAUGAAGACGAAGACGAAUCGACGAAGCCAGCACCGGUGUCAAUUCGCGAGAAGAUAUUCUCUGAUGCUAACAUGGGGCCGAAUUACGACGAAAUUGAGGAGGAAGAAGGCUCGGACAACGACGAGAAUUCCGAUGGGGAAGACCACGGAGAGAUUCAAUCUGGAAUCACCAGGUUCGCUACUGAUGAUGGUUGCAACGCCUUUAGAGUCGCUUUCAAAGCAAUCAUGAAGAAGACUAAAGGAGAGGAUGCUUUGGGUCCGGUUUUAUCAGCACACAAGCAUCUUAUUGGGCAGAAGCUAGCUGAAGAGGAAGCUGAACGGAAGGCUAAAGGUCAAGCAAGAAAGGCUAAACAUUUGGUUGCUGAGAAAGGACAUGUUAAACCUGCAAGCUAUUUAGAUUCCCAUGAGAAGAUUCUUAUAGGUGUUGCCACCAAAGGAGUGGUCAAGCUAUUUAAUGCUGUAAACAAGGCUCAACAUGCUCAGAAGGGUUUGAAUGCUGCAAGGUCUAAAGACGCUAAAGAGUUGAAAAAGCGAAGAAAAGACGCAUUCUUCACAGAGUUGGGGAAAACACCGAAAGCAGACACCAAGGCUCAAAAAUCAUCAAGUUCCCAAGGAGAUGAAGCUCCUGCUUGGGCUCCUCUACGUGAUAAUUACAUGUUAGCAAACCAAAAGCUGAAGGACUGGGACAAAAAACAGGAAACAAGCGAGGGAGAUGAUUUUGCCGAUAUGUCAGGAGAUGAAAGUUAUGAAGAUUGA